UAGGCACCUAACCAUAUCACCCCCUCUACCAAAACCACCAUAAACCAAAAAAUGGGUUUUCCUUAUCACAUUUUACCCUUCAUUAUCAUCUCACUAUUCUCCUUCCUACCUUAUAUGAUCACAGCCCAACAACCUUACUCUCCCAGCAACUGCCGCAGAAACACAUCAUCCUCUCUUGGGUAUUACUGCAAUGGUGUAAACACAACCUGCAAAUCAUAUCUCAUUUACAGAACCCAACCUCCUUACAACACAAUCUCUUCCAUAGCUACCCUUUUAUCAGCCAACCCCACCCACAUAUCUGCCAUCAAUAAGAACAUUCCAGAAGAUUUCACCAUAGCCACAAAUACUAAGGUCAUAAUCCCCAUAACCUGUUCUUGUGCAGGCAAAUUUUAUCAAACAAACACAACCCAUACUGUUAAACCUUAUGAAAAUUACUAUGUUAUAGCUCGAAACAUCUUUGAAGGCUUAACUACUUGUCAUGCUAUCCGAACUCAAAAAAUUAGCCCAUUUGUUGUUAAUAUUUUUGCUAAUGAAAAGCUUUUGAUCCCUUUAAGGUGUGCUUGUCCUAGUAGGACACAAGUUAAGCAGGGGAUCAGGUAUCUUUUGAGCUAUCCUGUUGAGCCUGGUGAUGUAAUUGGGCUUAUUGCUACUAGUUUUGGUGCGGAUGUGGGACAAACACUUGUUGCUAAUGAGAAAACCGAGCAGGAUUCUUUGAUUCUUGGUUUUACGACUGUUCUUGUUCCGUUACAGAAUCCUCUAAAUGGGUCUGGAAUGUUGUAUCCUGCUUAUGUUGCACCUUCACCGUCUUCUCCUCCAUCGAUCCUCCCUAAGGAGACACCAUCAUCAAGUAGAAGUUCGAGCAAGAAAUGGGGUUUUUUCGGGUUUGGGGUGGUUGUUGGGGGUGUAGUUGUUGUUGUAGGAAUGGUUCUGGUCUUUAUGUUGGGUUUAAGGAAGAAAACUGAUCCAAUUGUGCCUUCACCAAGAUUUGAAGCACAAGAAAAGGCGAUAGUGACUCAGACGGAUCAAGCGAAAGAGACAAAAUCGUUGGAGUUUCUUGGGAGUUUAUCUAGAAUUGGUUCAUUAAAAGUAUACAGUUUUGAAGAAUUGCAAGGUGCAACAGGGAAUUUCAGCUCUGAUAAUUGGAUUAAAGGAUCAGUAUAUAAGGGAAAAUUUAAUGGUGAUUUGAUUGCAAUUAAAAAAAUGCAAGGGGAUGUUAGUAAAGAGAUUAAUGUAUUUAACAAGAUUCAUCAUUUUAACCUCAUCAAACUAUUGGGUGUUUGUUAUGAUGAUGGGGUUUGGUACUUUGUUUAUGAAUAUGCAGGUAACGGACCUUUGAGUAAUUGGAUCUACCAAGAAAACCCGAGUAAGAAAACCUUGAGUUGGGGGAAACGAAUGCAGGUGGCUUGCGAUGUUGCCACCGGAUUACACUAUCUCCAUAGCUAUACAAGCCCACCACACGUGCACAAAGAUAUAAGAAGCUGUAACAUUCUUCUGAACCAUGAUUUCAGAGCAAAAAUUUCUAAAUUUGGGUACUCAAGACCUAUAAAAGGAAAUGAAUUAGGUGAUUUUACAUUAACUAAGCAUAUUGUAGGGACAAAGGGCUAUUUAGCACCAGAGUAUUUAGAGAAUGGAGUUGUUUCUCCUAUGCUUGAUGUUUAUGCUUUCGGUGUUGUUCUGUUAGAAAUUCUAACAGGAAAAGAUGUGGGUUGCCUGUAUGAAGGUGUUAAUGCUCAUUUGUUAGAGAUCAUAGAGCCUGUGUUGACGAUAAAGGAUGGAAGUUUACGAUUGAAUGAAGUUAUGGAUUCGUCUCUUGGGGACGAUUACCCUAAAGACAUUGCGAUUGCUAUGAUCGAGUUAGUUGAUCGUUGUUUGAAGAAAGAUGCAGGAAGUCGGCCUACAAUGGAUGAAAUUGUUCAAUUAUUGUUAAGAAAUGAGACAGUCUCCUUUGUAUGUGAAUCCAGUAGCUCUACUAGUAUGUUUAGUAUUUGAUUUUAUUUAGAAAAAUUUAUGUAAUAAUUGCUUUGUGAUGUCUUAUGUAUUUGUGUUUUGUUAUGUGUAUGUAUCCUGUAUCCAGCCAUUAGCAUUAUUUUCUAUGGAAUACCACAUAGUCUCCGAUAUCUA